AUGAGGGAGUACGACGAGAUCACCUCCUUCCUGGGCUCCUGGGGCCGCUUCCAGUGCCUCAUCUUCUUCUCGCUGGCCUUCAGCAUCCUGCCCAACGGCCUGGUGGGCAUCUACAUCGUGUUUGUGGGCGACACGCCGCCCCACGAGUGCCUGGUACCCCAGCAGAGCAACAUCAGCGAGGGCUGGAGGAACGUCAGCAUCCCUCUGGAGGAGGCGGCGGGCACUGCAGAGCUGAGACGGAGCUCCUGCAGCAGGUACAGUCUGGAUGCGCUGAGGAACUACUCCCUGCUGGGCCUGGAGCCCCAUGUGGAUGUGAACCUCAGCCAGGUCCCACGGGAGAGAUGCCUGGACGGAUGGAAGUACAGCAAAGAAGUCUACCAAUCCACCAUCGUCACUGAGUGGGAUCUGGUGUGUGAGCAUGAGCAGAAGGAGCCGCUGACGUCCUCCAUCUACUUCCUGGGCGUCCUGGUGGGCACGUUCAUCUCUGGGCAGCUCUCCGACAGGUAUGGUAGGCGUCCUGUGCUGUUUGGCACCAUGGUUAUGCAGACGUUGACCAUCUUCAUCCAGAUCUUCUCUCCCAGCUGGGAGGCCUUCACCGCCAUCUUCUUCUUCGUCGGAGCCAGCGGCUUCUCCAACUACGUCAUUGCCUACGUGCUCGGUUGUGAGAUGUUGAGUCCGGCCACUCGUGUGAUGUUCUGCUCUCUGGGGGUGUUCAUGGCCUCUGGUGUGGGCCAGAUGCUGCUGCCUUUCUUCGCCUACUACCUGCGGGAGUGGAGACUCCUGAUCAUCCCCAUGGCUGCCUCGGGAUUGCUCUACAUCCCCCUCUGGUGGGUGAUUCCCGAGUCUCCGCGCUGGCUGCUGUCCCAGGGCCGUGUGGAGGAGGCCGAGGCCAUCCUUAGGAAAGCAGCCCGGAUGAACAGGGUCCCCGUGCCAGAGGUCAUCUUCACACCUGACGAGGUCUUGGAGGCCAAGGCGAAGCAGGACAAAAAGCACAACAUGCUGGACAUCCUGAGGAGCUGCAAUGCUGUCAUUCUCAUCCUCAUCUGCUCCACACUCUGGAUGGUCAUAACCAUGUCAUACUUCGCCCUGCUGUUGAACACCACCAACCUGCACGGGGACCCCUAUUUUAACUUCUUCCUGUCCGCUGUUGUGGAGCUCCCGGCCUACGUCGUGGCCAUGCUGUUACUGAGGUACUGCCCCCGCCGUUUCUGCCAGUCUUCUACACUCUUUCUGGGCGGCAGUGUGAUCCUCUUCAUCCAACUCGUACCCCCAGAUCUACCAGAGGUGGCCAUCCUCCUGGAGAUGGUGGGCAAGUUUGGCAUCACCACGGCGUUCUGCGUGGUGUACGCCGUGACCUCUGAACUCUUCCCCACCGUGGUGCGCAACAUGGCCAUGGGGACCUGCUCGAUGUCCGCACGCAUCGGAACCAUCAUCUCUCCAUUCAUCAUUUACCUUGGAAGCUAUUAUAAGUACAUCCCCUACCUGCUGAUUGGGAGUUUGGCUGUGUUCUCUGGCAUGCUCUGUUAUAUGCUGCCUGAGACCUCUGGCCAGGUGCUCCCUGAGACCAUUGAGGAGAUGCAGACCGUCAAACGGGUUGGUCAUUCCAAGGACAAGGUGACAACUUCCAAGAGGAGGACCAGCAGUGUUAUACACCAAGUCAAACUUUAGGCUGCUGCCUUUC